GCAGAACCGCUCGUCGUCGCAACAGAGCUGCGAUGAGAUGCCAAACUGAGCGAAUUAGGAGCUGAAAAACAGCCAACUUCUUUCUGGGGGCCUUAUUAUUAUUACCCAGCUCAAGCAACCCACAAUCCGGCCAAUAUGGCUCCCGUAGACGACUUACAGCCGCCCGAAGGGCUCAGAUCCAAGCUCACAGCAUGGGGAACCUCCGCAAUCCCCCCCAUGACACUAACCUCCCUGAUCAUCGCGCUGCACGCCCGCCCCUUCCAGCCGUUGCCCAUGCUCUUCACCCCGCUCCUGAUCUUCAGCAGCUACCUGACGCUGGCCGGGUUCAAGAUCGACGGGGCGGGCAUGACGGCGGCCUGGAGCGGCGUGUACGCGCUGCUGGCCGCGCGGCGGCGCCCGGCCUCGCUGCGCAGCCGCUUCUCCGUGCGCGGGGCAGUCCGCGCUUCGGCCAUGGGGCUGGGUGCCGCGAACUCCGUUGCGGGUCUGUACACGUACGCAACCGGGGACCGCAAGCGGGAGGAGGAGGAGCGGAAGGCGGCGAACCGGUGGGGUGUCUAUAGAGAUUAGCCAUGAAGGGGCUCGGGAGGUAUGAGGAAUGUGUGAGGAGGGUAUGAGCCAGAAAAGCAUGGAGUUGAGGGCGGUUUGGCUGAGUGGGUGUUUG